AUGGCUCAGUGCCCGGAAAACGCAGUUGGGAGGGAGUCGCGCCCCGGGGACAAGCGGGGCUCGGGGCCCCCUCCCCACGUCCGGGCAGCUCCGCGCUUCCUUCCUCCACACAACAGCUGGGAGCCAGAGGAGAAUAUCCUGGACCCGAGGCUGCUCCUGGCCUUCCAGAAGAAGGAGCACGAGAAGGAGGUGCAGAACCGUAAGAGAGGCAAGCGGCCGCGGGGCCGACCUAGGAAGCACACCGUGAUGUCCUCCUGCAGCCGGCGCUCCAAGCUCAAGGAACCCGACGCUCCCUCCAAAUCCAAAUCGAGCAGCUCCUCCUCUUCCUCCACGUCUUCCUCCUCUUCCUCCGACGAAGAGGAGGACAGCGACCUGGAGGCCAAGAGAGGCCCCCGGGGCCGCGAGAGCCACCCUGUGCCCCAGAAGAAGGCCCAGAUUUUGGUGGCCAAGCCUGAGCUGAAGGACCCCAUCCGCAAGAAGCGCGGCCGCAAGCCGCUGCCCCCGGAGCAGAAGGCUGCCCGGCGGCCCGUGAGCCUGGCCAAGGUGCUGAAAACCGCCCGCAAGGACCUGGGCGCGCCAGCCGGCAAGCUGCCCCCUCCACUCAGCACCCCAGCGGCGGGUCUGGCAGCCCUGAAGGCCCACGCCAAGGAGGCCUGCGGAGGCCCCAGCAGCGCAGCCACCACGGAGAGCCUGGCCAGCCUGAUGAAGGGCGUGGCGGGCAGCCCCAGCCGCGGCAGCAUCAGCUGGCAGGGCUCCAUCGUCCACUACAUGAGUCGCGUGACUCACGGCCAAGCCGAGGCCGCCAGCCGGCUGGCACUCAAGGCCCAGGCGUCCGGCAAGUGCAGCCUCGGGCUUGACCUGAAGGUGAGGACGCCGAAGGGGGAGCUGGGGCUCAGCCCCCCAGGAAGCAAAGUUCCGAAGGCCCCUGGUAGCGGGGCUGCAGAGCAGAAAGGGGGGAGCGCAGCGGGAGCCCCACACAUCCAGGGCGGCAGCAAGAUCCCUGCGGGCUGCCUAGGCCCCCAGCCCACACCCAACCAGGAGCUGAGCCUCCAGGUCUUGGACCUUCAGAGUGUCAAGAAUGGCACCGCGGGGGUUGGCGUGCUCGCGCGUCACGCCACAGCCACCAAGGGUAUCCCCGCCACCCAUCCGGCCGCAGGGAAGGGCGCUGGGGGUGGCCCCACUGGGGGGAGCGGGUCCAGCGUGCCCUCUAACCCCAGCAAAAGCGAGAAGUUGGCCUCGCUGGCGGUGGCCCUUCCCACCGCUUCGGGCAAGCGAGACUGUGGCAAGAGCAGUGGGCCCCUGGGCGGGCAGGAGGGCCGCGCUGCCUCGGGGGACACCCACAAGGCGCCGGCGCUGUCCGAGAUGAGCACGGGCGAGGAGAACAGCAGCUCCGACUCGGACCCCGACUCGGCCCCACUUCCGGGCGCUGGGCAGAACCUGUCCGUCUCGGUGCAGACCAGCCAGGACUGGAAGCCACCUCGCAGCCUCAUCGAGCACGUCUUUGUCACCGACGUCACUGCCAACCUCAUCACAGUUACAGUGAAGGAGUCCCCCACCAGCGUGGGCUUCUUCAACCUGAGACCUUACUGA